CUCAAUAAACAGAAAAAAAAUGACCACAUAUGGAACGAUCUCAGAAGAGGCAGAGGCUUCAUCAAAUUCAAACUCAGUUUUCGUUUCACAGGCCAAAGAGCACAUUCAAGGUGGUCUAGGCACAAGAAGACCAUGGAGGGAAAUGCUCCAAACUUCUCAUUUCAAAUUUCCAUCUUCCUUCUUCGGUGCAAUCCAAAGAAUCAACACAAAUGCCAAACAUUUUCGUGCAAACUACGUUAUUAUCAUACUGCUUGUGCUUUGCCUUAGCUUACUAGGACACCCCAUUUCUUUGAUCAUAUUAGUUGUUAUGAUGAUUGCAUGGCUGUACUUAUAUUUCUUACGAGAUACCCCUUUGGUGAUCUUGAGGUUUGAGAUCGAUGAGCGAUUGGUGGUUAUCUCUUUGUUGUUGAUCACCAUUGGUUUGCUUGUACUCACAAAUGUAACCUACAAUGUGAUAGUAGGUAUAUGUGUUGCCUUAGUGAUUGUGUUGGUCCAUGCUAUGAUGAGGGAAACGGAGGAUCUGUUUACCAUGGAUGAAGAUGUAGGGGUUAUGAAAGGUCUUAGAGAUAUUGUCAAAGUCCCUCUUAGACAACCUGGUUCCUCUUCUUUUACUUUGUCUUAGAAGCAAAUU